UGUGCAGCCGUGCUUUAUCUUUUGUCCUUCUCAUCUUUUUGCCCAUAAAGAAUAAUGGGUUGUGAAAACUGAAAGGAACUACAAACACUACCAUUGUUGUGCGUAGCUCUUUACAUAGGCCAUAGAGAAAUAAUGGAGAACGAAAUUAUUUAUCAUAAGAACAGCAGCACCUUUUCAAAAGUACAAAUAUAGGACAUGCCAUGAUCCCCACUUAGCAAAUAGCGAGUAAAUGCGCUAAAAAGCAAGCUGUUUGCUUGUUUUGGUGACCAUUGAAUUUUAAACGGAAAAGUUUGAGCCUUUUCUUUUGAUACAAGGGAUGGGGAGGGGGCAGGAUUGGAACCCACAUCUUAGUGGGUGGGCUGUCCUUUACAUGCAAAGUCCUUCCUGUUCAACCAAGGGCUUGUUUGCAAGUUUGAGUCAUUGUAGCAAUGUAGGGUUACAAAAAUCGAGGGCAACUUUGUCAGUACACUUUGGCCAUUCCUUGCUUCCUUGUGUAACUGCAGCAGUAAACACAUAAAUCCACAGAAAUAAUGGGUUGUGGGGCUCUUGUCGCAGCUGUGGUAGUGUUGUUUGUCAUGGAGAAAGGUUUUCUCAACUGAAAAAGAUUAGAACUUUUGUGGCAUCAACUCUUCCUCAUAUAAUCUUGUUUUGACCAGAUAUCAAUGCUGUGAAGAACAAACUAAACAAAGGAGAUUAUGAGAGUUGGGUUGUAAUAAUAGAUCACAGACUAACUAGAUACAUCAAGACAAGUCCACAGGGUUGGUUGGUUCUGUUCACUUUUGGAUUGAAACCUGAAAAGCUAGAAUCUUUUGUAGCAACGAUGGGUUGCAGAAUCCAAACACACUUUUGUUAGGAUCACAGUGGCCAUCCCUUGUUCUUCUGGUUUGUUUCUUAGCAUGUUGUUGGUGGCAGACUGAGAUAAGCAGGCCCUCAAUGAUUGAAAAUGGGGGGAGGGUUUCUUGUCUCCCAAACUUCCAGUUUCCACAUGUUCGGUUCUUCUGCGAGCAGGAGAUGCUAUAAAUUGGUUUCUCAACAUACACAAUUUACCUAACCUUAAUUGCCAUCAGAGACGCUAAAAUAGUUGUUAGUAGUUUUUUCCAAUGGAUUCACACACAUCCGGCUAUUACUUAAACCCUUCAACUCUUCACCCUUAUCAUUUCCAGACCAAAAAUGAAGAUGGGUUUAUUGAUCUUGGACUUAGUUUAAGAACUCUGCAGCCUCAAGUUUAUCGUUCAUCGGGACAGUUGUUAAGCCUGGAGGGAUAUGGUGGAGUGGUAGACUGGCCGCAGGAUGAUUCACAGCAAAAAGAGUUCAAUAAUGGAUAUCCAAGAAGCAUAGCGGACGAUUGCAACGACGAGACAGAAGGAGUUCAGAGCAAGGAGAGGUGGGCUUAUGUGAAAGUCAACAUGGAUGGGGUUGUAGUUGGGAGGAAAGUCUGCAUGGUUGAUCAUGGAAGUUACUCAAGCCUUGUGCAUCAACUAGAAGAGAUGUUUGGAACACAAUCUAUAUCAGGGUUAAGGUUGUUCCAUGCCGGUUCCGAGUUUUCAUUGGUUUAUAAGGACAGAGAGGAGAAUUGGAAGAAUGUUGGUGAUGUUCCAUGGAAGGAGUUUGUAGAGCGUGUGACUCGACUAUGGAUUGCUCGAAAAACUGAAGCUAGCUCAUCUUAGUUCUCCCCUGAAUCAGAUUCAAUUUGCCUAAAUGGAGCUCAUUAUCUGUACUGUUUCAGAUUUGGUAUUAGAUAGAAGCAAAACUAUGAGCCUAAAUAGUUUAGAUGCAGAGAAAAUGAAAGCUAAAAUGGGCAGAGAUUACGAUCUUUAUUAGUGUUGUUCAUUCAGCUGAAUUUGCAAUAAGAGAGAAUUCUGUUUCAGU